UAAAGUGCAAUAUUAGCUUUUACAUAUAUAUGAUUAGUAAUAACACAAAGUAUGAGCAACCUGACAAAUGAAAACCGAAACCAUAAAAAAUAUUGAUAUCUUUAAUAAAAGCAUCUUUACUAAUUUGAAAAAUGUCUUGCUAUUUUCGUCAAAAUUCUGAUACUGAGAUUGCUAUACCCAGAUAUUUUGAAUCGUCAGGCGUCACUUAUUAUACGGUACGGGUACGGGUGGUCCAAGUGGAAUGGCUGGUGGAAAGGCGAUACAAAGACUUUGACGAACUUAAUGAAAAAUUAGUAGAGGAAAUAGCUAUAUCGAAAAAAUUGCUACCUCCGAAAAAGAUCGUAGGCAAUAAGAAUCCAUCAUUUCUAGAAGAGAGACGUCAAAAGUUAGAAAAAUAUCUGCGUGAGUUAAUGGUUUUUUUUCGCAUUCAAAUACCUCGGGCACUAGCUGAAUUUCUGGAAUUUAAUAAGUACGACAUUAUCUAUUUGCUCCAAGAUUUAGCUACACUUUUCAUUGAAAGUGGCGAAGCAUUAUUAAGCAACCGAAAACAAUUUCACUUCUCAGCUUUACAGGUUUAUGCCAUUAGCGAACGUUUAAAUCUGCCUUGCCCUCCCGAGAACAUCGAAAAUAGGGGUAAAUUUGAUUUCUCUCACGUCUUGGAUUUUUGUACUCAAUUGGAGAUAUUGAAAGUGACACCAGUGAAGGGACAUGAUAGUUUUGCUAGCGAUUAUAAUGCUGUGGAUGUGCCUAUAGGGAGUAGCAAUAUUAUACCUAAAAAAUUAAAAUUCAAUUUGAAUGCUUUUCGUAACAUACAUACGUUGAAAUUUUAUGCGCUGCCCCCGGAGAAUAUAUUGGAUAUUGGUUUAUUGAAACCAAAUUUGCAAAAAAUCUGUGUUCACAAUACUACCACGACUUCAAUUAAUCAGAUUUUAUUGUGUGACAAUGUACAUAAAGAAAAUGUUAUCGUUAAUAGUCCUACAAAGGCUGAUAUAGCUGUGCAAGGUCCAAUUACCAGUUCUUCUGCAAGCUGCACCAAUUGGCCAAAGAUUAAUGAAUUGAAUUUUUCAGGCAAUUUAUUAACACAAAUUGAUGAAAGUGUACGCUUGGUACCACAGUUGAGGACUUUAGUUUUGGAACAGAAUCGUUUAAAAAAUAUUAGAAAUUUAGCUGAACUACCCCACUUGCAAACACUGACGUUAUCAGUAAAUUUGAUAAGUGAUUGCAUAAAUUGGCAUUUGGAAUUGGGUAAUUUGAUCACUUUAAAUUUGGCUCAAAACAAACUGAAAAGCGUAAAAGGCUUACGUAAGCUUUUAUCGCUAGUAAAUUUAGAUUUAAGCUGUAAUUUAAUAGAGGACAUAGAGGAAGUCGAUAAUAUUGCCUGUUUACCUUUACUGGAAACCCUCAGAUUAACAGGAAAUCCUUUGGCCAGCAUAGUAGAUUAUCGUUCCCGCGUAUUGGCCAGAUUUCAUGAUCGUGCUUCUGAAAUUUUUUUAGACAGUGAGAAAGGCACACACAAAGAACUGGACACCGCUUUGGUACUGUCAGCAUUACACGUUUCAUUUCUCAGGAAAAAAUCGCAGCAAUAACCUAAAGAUAAAACUAAUUGCGAACAAAAUUUAGGGAAAAUUUCUAUUUAAUAUUUUUCGGGUAUUAAAAUUGGUUUGUUUUUUAUUGUUAUUAGUCGUGGUUUGUUUUAUUUUUUGAGCAGCAGAUCAAACAAUAUAUUGAAAUCUCAAAAAUUAUGUCUAAUUGUAUGGUUCAAAAGUUGUGAAAAGAAUCUUUUAUUCUAUAUCCAUUCGAUUGUAGACCUUAUAUAUGUAUGUAUGUAUGUGUAGUGUGUGAGACAGACAUAGCUUAAAGUUAUAUAUAAAAAAGUAUUAUUCUUUUGUAUUGUAUGAAAUUUCACCUUAAAUCCUACACAGGGAUUCCGAUUCGAUUCAAUUGUACAAUCGUAUUAACAAUAACAAUAGAGAAAGCAUAAAAUUCUAUUUGUAUAAUUUAUUGGACAGUUAUUUGAUUUUAAAAGUA